AGUGAGUGAAUGAGUGUGAGCGACAUGAAUACAAAAAAAAACUCGUCUAAAUCAGGGUGAGCAGGCCAAGCUGACCAUCCUCUCACUGCACCACCAUACUCCAUACACACACGACACAACACAACACAACACAACAAUGUUCUUCUGUUCAUUCUCACUGUUCUUCCUUCUUCUUUCUCUCCCUUCUGCUCUCUCUGUCCUCACUCUCAUCGCCACAAGCAACAAUCUUGGCCAUGCAAACAAACAAACGAUUCCUCCUUCUCAUCAUGAUCAAAUCCACUUCUCAAACGACAACAUCCAGCUUCCUCCAUCCGAAGCUGAAACUCUCCUCAACAUCAUGGAAUCCAUGUCUUCUGACCAAGCCUGGAAGACCUCUUAUCCCCACCCUUGCCAACCAGACUCCUCCUGGCCUGGUAUAGAGUGCAAAGUGGGGAACGACAAUCGGUUUCAUGUCUCCAGGCUCGACUUUGGCACUUUCCCAUAUCCUGCUUGCAAGAAAACAGCUUCGUUCCCUUCCCAGAUCUUUGCCUUGCCUUAUCUCCAAUCUGUUUUCUUCUUCGACUGUUUUACUCUGACAAAAACCACUCUCUCUGUUCCGGAAGCUACGGUCUUCAACUCCUCACUUCAACAGCUCAGUCUCAGGUCCAACCCAGCUCUCACUGGUUCAAUCCCACCUCAGAUUUCUAAACUCAAGUCCUUAAAGAUCUUGACUUUAUCACAGAAUAAUCUGUCUGGGAAAAUCCCAGUUGAGAUUUUUAGCUUGAAUUCUUUAGUGCACCUUGAUUUGAGCUAUAACUUGCUCUCUGGUACUAUUCCAAAUCAGUUGGGCAAUCUUAAAAGCCUAGUGGGCCUUGAUUUAAGCUACAAUAAACUGUCAGGAACAAUCCCAAACACAAUUGGCCGAUUGGGUCAGCUUCAAAAGCUUGAUUUGAGCUCUAAUUUGCUUACUGGUGGCAUUCCUGAUGGCAUUGGGCAGCUGAGUGUAUUGGAUUUCAUGGCUUUGAGUAACAACCAACUGAACAAACAGUUUCCAGAGGGAAUAGAAAAGUUGCAGAGCUUGCAGUACUUCAUUAUGGAUGACAAUCCCAUGUCCGUACCAUUGCCAUUGGGACUUGGUAAGCUUGUGAAACUUCAAGAGCUCAGACUUGCUGAUUCUGGGUAUUCAGGUACCAUACCAGAAACAUUUUCUCAGCUGAAGAGCUUAACCACAUUGUCUUUGCCAAACAACCGUUUGACAGGUGAAAUCCCAGUUGGAUUUGGUGGUCUCUCACAUAUUUACCACUUGAAUCUCAGCAGAAAUCUCUUAGGUGGUAUUGUGCCUUUCAAUAUAAGUUUUUUGAAUAGGCUGGGAAGAAACUUGGACCUUAGUGGGAACCCAAGUCUCUGUUUGAGUCCAUCUGAAGCAUACAGUGUCAAGGUUGGCGUCAAUAUAUGUGGAAGAAUGAAGAAUGGAUCUGCCAGCCAGCCAUUGAUGAGCUCCCAUUCUCCAUCUCAUCAGCCACCCCACCCAUUCUUUAUGCUUAGUACUUUUGGUGUCUUAGUCUUGCACCAAAUAUUAUUGUUCAUGUAAUUUUAGUAUAUGACUAUAUUCAAACAUGACUUGUACUUUAAGUGAUUGUAUUAGCUAAUUUUCUUGAAAAUGUUUGUCAAAAGCUAGAGGUUCUUUGUGAUGAUGUAGAUACUUAAGAAUCCAACAAAGAAAAUUAGAAGGAAAGUUGAUAUAUAAUCAUUUUCUUUCCUCCUGAUAGUUUCUUAAAAGGUUCCUGGUUUAUCAAAGUAUUCAUGCAGCUAUUAGUGACU